GAGGAACGUAGUCUUUGCAUACGUAAACUGGUGGCAGAGCGCAUUCGCAUUUCGAUAAUCAUCGCAUUUAGAAGUGCAUGUACAGAAUAACCUUGCUCUCGGUCGUUUGCAGAAGAAAAUGACGGAGAUAGUGGUGGUCAGCGACGAGGAACAAUUGCUUUCCCGGAUCUCCAACCUCGUUGCCCGUGCCGCCGAUGACGCAAUUUCACGUGAUGAUCGAAUUUUUCGAUUCGGAAUAUCAGGCGGUUCAAUAGUACAAUUAUUAGCCAAGUCUUUGCCUAAUAUUGCAACCGAUUGGAGCAAGUGGCGCUUUUUCUUCUGUGAUGAGCGAGUAGUGCCUCUGGAAGAUCCUGAUUCUACUUUCGGUCUUUAUAAAAGUAGUUUCAUUGGUAAAGUUCCCGUAACUGAGGAGCAAUUCAUAAAGGUCGAUCCCGAACUUAAUGCCGAGAACGCGGCGAAGGAUUACAUUAAAAAAAUGGCCUUCUUCUUCCCGCCGGACAGAUUACCCAGGUUCGAUUGUUUGCUGCUGGGGGUUGGCCAGGAUGGACACACAUGCUCGCUUUUCCCAGGUCAUCGGGCUCUCGACGACGAAAAUAUGUGGGUCACAUGGGAAUUGAAUGCACCAAAACCACCGCCCAGUAGAAUCAGUUUCACCAUGCCGGUUAUUAAUAACGCUCGUAUGUGCGUAUUUAUUGCCACUGGUAGUAGUAAGGCUGAAAUUGUCAAGAAAAUCUUGAAAGAUAAGGAAGAUUUACCAGCUACCAGAGUGGAACCAGCUGAUGGCACUCUUUUCUGGCUGCUUGAUCAGGAAGCGGGCAGGCUACUCAAUUCAGACUGAAAUGCGAGAUCGGCUAAUCAUUAUACAAAAUUUACUAUAUGAAUUUUCUAACAUUCCGUACCAUACAUUAAUAUCGUCCUGUAAAUCUAUUAUAUUACAAUUCUUUUUUAGUUUGAUAUUUUAAUAUAUUCUUUGCAUUGCAAUUUGUUAUUCAAAUUGAUAGAAUUUCUAAAUAUCAUACAUCUGAAGAUGUAUGAAAGUAACAACCAAAAAGUUUGAAUCAGCCAUUCUCAACUGUUAUUGCUCAACAAUAUUCUUUAUACGAUAAAAAAAAAUGUGCAAACUUUGUUAGCGCA